AUUUAUCGUUAAUUAACCGGUAACUCGUUCCAAUGUUUAUGUAUAUACAUAUAUAUAUUAUUCUUUGGAUGUGAACCUUCGUAGGCGUUUUCAUCGGCGCUUUCUGACGCUUUCUGAGAACGUCCUCGAGGGCGUCCUCGACGUUGACAAUAGCAGAUAAACUGCAAUGCAAGGACAGACCUACGCAUGCUCGGUUCGAUUUUUCACGGUCAGCUGAUAAUCUCCUCUCUCUCUCUUACUCUUUCUCUCUCUCUCUCUCUCUCUUUCUGUGUUUCUAUCUUUCUCUCUUCUAGGUCAGUAGAUGAUAUUUUCAAACACCGUGUCGUAGGUUCAGAACGGGUGUAAAACCGCAUUUGUUUUCUCGAGUGUUCGUGAAAACCCACCUCCAUUUUGGUACCUUCGAAUUAGUCGACAUGAGACGACGACGAAAUUAUUUUAAGGAAAUGUUAACUACUUGCUGUUGUUGAAUGAAAUCAGUGAGGAAUGUAAACGUGAAUGCAGUUCAUCGAGAAAAAACGAGCAUUUCGUAGAAAAACGAUGAGUUCAACUGCGUCAUCAAGUACCACAUCUCUUUGUAUAAACGUAGACGGUAAUAAUACUCGACGAUAUUCAACCGACGAUAAUAGAUGCAAUUAUCAAGAAUUGGAAAACACCGGAACGGCACGACUUUUGCCAACAUACCAGAACGAUAAUUCAAUUGGAAAAUCUAAAGGAUUCUUCGAGAAUUUACGCGUUGACACAUCUCGUUUUCGCACGAAAGGUGUGAUCAUAAUUGGUAUCGUGGUUGCAGUGAUCCUCAAAAUAAUCAUUGCCGUUGGCCUUUACGCCAUCCAUGACAGUUUAAAAUAUCACGAAAAUGAAGGUACACUGGUGCCACCAGAUCCGGAAUACAACCAGCCACCAUCCUGGAGCAAAUUGAGGGUCUUUAAACGUGGUGCCGUUUGUGCCGAUGGUGCACCAUGUGCUGUCAUUGGCAAAAAUAUAUUGGAAAAAAAUGGCUCGGCAGUGGAUGCAACGAUUGCAUCAAUGAUAUGCGAUGGUCUCGUAAAUAUGCAAAGUAUGGGUCUAGGUGGUGGAUUUCUUAUGACGAUUUAUGAUAAAUCUGCUGGUAAAGCUUACGUGUUAAAUGCUAGAGAUAGGGCACCAUUAGCAGCUAAUGCUACUAUGUUUAUUGGUAAACCUAAACACGUUUCUUCAAUGGGUCCACUAUCUAUUGCCGUACCUGGAGAAGUGGCAGGUUAUUGGGAAGCUCAUAAAAGAUUUGGCAAAUUACCAUGGGCUGAUUUAUUUCAACCAAGUAUUGAAUUAUGUGAAAAUGGUUACAACGUAACCAAAUUUCAAUACAACGGAUUUGAACUCAACGAGAAAAAUAUUUACUCGGAUCCUACUUUAAAGAAAUUAUUCGUCGAUCCAAAAACGAACAAAUUGAUCAACAUAGGUUCGAUCGUAAGACCCAAAACGUUAUGUGAAACGUUAAAAACAAUUGCUAAAGAGAAUGCAACAGUAUUGUACAAUGGAACCCUUGGUCAAACGGUUGUUGAAGAUUUACAAAAGAGAGGCAGUAUUAUUACCAUGAAGGAUUUCAAUGCAUUUAGAGCAACAUGGGAGGAACCAGUUGAAGAAAAAUUUUCAAAUGGUAUGAAACUUUUUACACCUGGAGCCCCAGGUAGCGGAAGUUUGCUCAGUUUUAUUCUAAACAUUUUCGAUGGCUUCCAAUUUACGUCUGAGAGUUUGUCAGACUUCAAUUCAACCAUCGUAACUUAUCAUAGAAUGUUAGAAACCUACAAAUACGCUUAUGCCUUAAGAGGUAACAUGGGAGAUAAGGAUUUUGUCGAUAUGACUGAGUUAAACAUUAAUUUAACGUCGAAAGAUUAUGCGAAUCAGAUAAGAAUGAAGAUACAAGAUACCAGAACUUGGAAUGAUCCACAACAUUAUGGGGCUUCCAUUUAUAGUAAUACUGAAGAUCAUGGAACAGCUCAUUUUUCAGUUUUAGCACCAAAUGGUGAUGCUGUUUCAGUUACCAGCACGAUUAAUUACUACUUUGGUAGUGCAGUAACAAGUGAGAGAACUGGUAUUUUAUUUAACAAUGCCAUGGAUGAUUUUGGAAUACCAUUUAAAACUAAUUAUUUUGGAGUUCCACCUAGUCCCAACAAUUAUAUUGAACCUGGAAAACGACCAAUGUCCUCAAUGGUACCUUCCAUUUUUGUAGAUGAAAAUGGAGAUGUUAGAUUAGUCGUUGGUGCAUCUGGUGGUACUAAAAUAACGACUGCUGUUUCUCAGGUUAUUGCCAAAAUUCUAUGGAUGGGUAACACCGUUAAAGAAGCUGUUGAUGCACCUAGAAUACAUCAUCAAUUAUUUCCAGCUGAGGUUGCUUAUGAGUAUGGUGUACCCAAACAGGUGAUUGACGGUUUGAAGAAUUUGGGAUACAAAACGGCUCGUUAUAGAGAUCGUGGUAGCGUUGUAUGUGUAAUAUUUUGUCAUAAUGGUACAAUACACGCUAAUGCGGAUUACAGAAAGGGUGGUGACGUUUAUGGCAUCGAUUGAAGAACACAUAUGUUAAAUGUCUAAAUACUUUUUUCAUGAAAAGAAAAAAACAAAAGAAGGAAACAAAAAGACAAAGUGCAAGUCAUAUUAAAUAGUACAAUUAUUUCCAAUUAAAAUAAAAAAAGAAAUUUUACACGGUGUAUAAUUAUGUGUGUGUGUCAUCCUGUGUCAUUAAUCAUCGUCUAUCCUAAUAAUACAAAUCAUAAAUAUAAUUUUUAUUUGAACGAUAACUAAUGAGAUAAAAGACUUACAUUUUGCAAUAAAACUUUGGCAAACCAAUAUACUAUAUAA